UUCUACAUAAAACGAAACAAAAUUCCCACCAAGAAACACCGAGAAAAAAAACAAGAAGGAAAAAAAAAAUGUCUCAAGCUCUGUCAAACCUGGGCAUUUUUCUUCCUCUAUCAUCACAGAAAAAAGCCAGUAAGUCUCUCAAGCUCCAAUCUUUCUUCAAACCGAUCGAAAAUGGAAGCUUGAGCCACAAGAAGCACAAGGUCAUGGCCAUGGCAGGGGAAACCAGAGACAAUCUCGACCACCUGCAGAGAGUCACCAAGCAACCGCCGCCAAAGAAAAGGACCGCCCCAACACCUCCAAUCGGAUUGUGGGACCGGUUUCCCACGGCGAGAACGGUGCAGCAGAUGAUGGAGACGAUGGAGAGUAUAAUGGAUGACCCGUUUGACUACUCCGGUGAGUGGCCGUCGCCGGCGGGUACGUUUGUGAGAGGAAGGACGCCGUGGGAGAUAAAGGAAGGGGAAAAGGAGUACAAUAUGAGGUUUGAUAUGCCAGGGAUAACCAAGGAGGACGUUAGAGUCUGGGUUGAGGAGAAAAUGCUGGUCGUUAAGGCCGAGAAGGAGGAACAAGGAGGAGAAGGAGAUAAAGAAUGGUCGGCUAAGAGUUAUGGAAAGUAUAGCUGCCGAAUUGCUCUGCCGGAGAAUGUGCAGCUUGAGAAGAUUAAGGCUGAGGUCAAAGAUGGGGUCUUGUAUAUCACCAUUCCUAAGGCCUCCACCACUUCCAAGAUUUUGGAUAUCAAUGUUGAAUGAUAUAUGUGGGAGAAAAUUUAGAUCUGGGAGGAUGAAAAGAAUAAAAAAUUCAGAAAGAAGGGUUUGAGGCGUAUAGGAAUAUUUUUCUUUAAGAUUUUAUUUGUUCUCACUUCUCAAAGUUUGUUAACGAGUUCUAAAUGACAAAUUACCCUCAAGAUACAAUAAAUCCUUGAAACAAUAUCAAGGAAAAAAUAUUAAGUUUCAGAACAAUGUAUGUAAUCUGUAUUUUUUGAAGUCUAUUGUAUAAAGACAGGGAUGCA